AUGUCGGGCCAGUCUCUCACCGACCGGAUUACGGCCGCGCAGCACAGCGUCACCGGGUCGGCCGUGGCCAAAGCCGUCUGCAAGGCGAGCACCCACGAAAUGAUGGGGCCCAAGCAGAAACACCUGGACUACCUGAUUCAUUGCACAAACGAGCUGAACAUGAGCAUACCACAGCUGGCUGACACACUUCUGGAGCGCACAGCCAACAGCAGCUGGGUGGUUGUUUUCAAGGCUCUGAUCACCACCCACCACCUCAUGAUGUAUGGCAAUGAGCGUUUCAUGCAGUACCUUGCAUCACGAAAUAGCCUGUUCAAUUUAAGCAACUUCCUGGAUAAAAGUGUCAUACAGGGUUAUGAUAUGUCUACCUUCAUCAGGAGAUAUAGCAGAUACUUGAAUGAAAAAGCCCUUUCAUAUAGACUGGUAGCAGUUGACUUCACCAAAAUGAAGAGAGGGCCUGAUGGGGUCAUGAGGACCAUGGGUACUGACAAGCUCCUGAAAACCCUCCCAGUUAUUCAGAACCAGCUCGACGUUCUACUUGAUUUUGAUGCUCAUCCCAAUGAACUCACAAAUGGUGUCAUCAGUUCGGCCUUCAUGCACCUCUUUAAGGAUUCCAUCAGGCUGUUUGCAGCCUACAAUGAAGGGAUUAUUAACCUGCUUGAAAAGUACUUUGACAUGAAGAAGAACCAGUGCAAAGAAGGGCUGGAGAGUUACAAGAAGUUCCUGGGAAGAAUGGCCAAACUGUCAGAGUUCCUGAAAGUUGCCGAGCAAGUUGGGAUUGAUCAGGCUGAUAUUCCCAAUCUUACUCAGGCCCCAAGCAGCCUGUUUGAAGCGCUAGAACAACACGUGGCUUCUUUGGAAGGCCGCAGAACCAAGGAACUUUUGGUGGCUUACAGAGCAAACAACCUAUCGAGUGCAGUGUCCACACUUACCAAUACUGGGAAGGCCUUUAGCCAAGUGGUUGAGAAACAGAAGAAACAGACAUUGGAUGAAGAUCAAGCCCGACUGCAGGCCUUGAAGGAGAAACGUUUAAAAGAAAUUCCAGUGAUCCCCAAUUCUGCCUCCGCAGCUGAGUCUCCAAGGAUUUUAGCAGGGAAAAACAUAGCUGCCUCACCUGCUGCCGACCUUUUUGCCCCCGUGAUGCCCCCACCCACCAGUCUAGCCAACAUCUCUGGUAAUCUUUUUGGCCUUCAGCCUGCCUUCGUUUUCACCGCACAGAGCACUCCUACUGCGAUGGGGACGCCCCCAAGCCAAACCUGGGGAGCAGGGCUCCCUCCAUCAGCUCUUCCGGGUUCUGCUCCUUCAGAAGUUGCUGUGGAUUUUGACUCUGUGUUUGGAGCAAAGUCACUGGGUUCAGAGUGCAAAGCGGCAAAUGCCCCACCAGCCUUAGCUGCUCAGGAGCACAAAGAGGUUGCACUCAGCCAGCAGAGUGGGACAGUCCUUGGGAAUGACCUGGACACCUCCCUUGCUAACCUCAUGGGAAAUCUUGACUUCGGAGCAAGCCCCAAAAAAUCUGACAUACAAUGGAAUCAGCCCCCUGAGAAGAAAAUGACAGGAGGAAUGAACUGGCAGGUGAAGACUAGCACAUCAACCAGUUGGAGUCCUGCUGCCAUCUCUUCUGUUCCACAUAUGGUGCCUGUCCCUAUAUCCUAUCCAGUAACUACACAUCAGCUGCCUGUAUAUGGCAUGGUACAGACUCCACUGGGAGCAGUCCCCCUCAUGGCUCCCCAGCCCUUGAUUUAUACACAGCCAGGCUUAAGGACCACUAACCCUUUUGCUCCUGUCUCUGGGUCCCAGAGAGCCAUCUAACAGAGAAUGUUUUAAAAGAAAAAAAAAAGAGGAUGAAGAUAAAAGAAUCAGCAAAGGGUAAUCAAUACAUUGAAAAAAAUCUGAAAACAAUGUGAUGUUCUGCAAAGGAGUAGAGGGUGCAUCUUCUCAUCUCAUCUUUGGGGCCUUUGAUAAUUUGUUUGGCAUAGCAUUAAAACUGUAAAUUAACUUUAGCAAUCCAUUUAUGUUUUAUGUUUAUGUUUUUUCUUUAGA